ACUGAACUGUAUAUGUCGCUCGUCCCCACUUGAUACACCCAUGAUCGUCGUAACCCUGGCGAUAUUCAGAGCAAAAUAUCGUGGUUUGGAGUUUGAAAUCUGCCGCUAGUGAGUCUUGUGGCUUGGAAAUAAUGUAUUUUUAUUUCUCUUUCCUUAUCAAGCAAGCCACUGCUGUUGUUUAUUAUGGUAUGAUUGUCUUUAAUCUAUUAGAUAAUUUUCUUUGAUCUCUUAGAUCCCUUUUCAAACUCUUUCAAAUUUCAAUUUACAUCUCAGUCUUUCCUCUUAAUGCUGUACAAUUUUUUAUUGUUCAGUCGGGAAUAAAGACCACAUAAAAAUUAUUUGGUGUUCAGUCCAGUCUUUCCAGGGACCCAGCUACACAAAUUUUGUGUCAGAAGUGGGAUUCCCUGUUAAAUUCUGAGAUGGUAGUGGAUAUUGUCAGUUUGAGUAUAAUAGACAACAGUAGUGGCGAGAAGCGAGGCAGUCCUGAUGCCAGAGUGCGGAGUGUCGACGGAGUGAGGCCUUCGUGCUGUGGUUCGUGUGGCUGAAUGUGGAGCAGCCUAGCAUCGACAUGCAUCACUGGAUGUGAGCAAGUCUUCAAAGCUACCAGAAGAGAAAUGGAGUUACUUUUUGUGACUGUUGCACUUUUCUGCAUAAAAUACAUUGGAACGGAGACCUGAAAGUGUCAGAGGACGACGAGCCAAGAUCAAUUGUUUACUGUCGACGAGUUUAUCGAGGAAGUGGAACCAGAAAUAGAAUGAGAGGUCAACAGGAGGAAGACCAAGUAGACUUAAUUCUUUCACUGUGAAAAGUUUCAGAUGAGGUUAAAUUUUGCAUGCGAGGGCAACCUAAGAAGCCCAGUGAUGUGUUUUCAUGAUUGCGUAAAGCCUUUCGAGAAAAACGUACUGUACUGAACUUCUACACGCUUUCUAUGCUCGCAGACAAUUUGAUGGAGAAGGAUUGCACGAAUUUUCACAGCUCUCCCACAACUGCUCAAUUCUGUCCUCCAGCAGUCUCCUCCUAUGGUAGCUAAUGUUCAGUUAGCUCUUAGAGAUCACUUACCGGUAGUUGAGGGAGUACGAGACUCCACCUUGAGACGUGAAUUGUGUAGGCUGCUCAGAGAGAGACCGGAAAGUAUUCUAUUUGAAGUGAGAAAUGAGGCAAUGAUGUGGGUCCUCGAAGAUCAACCACGCCACACUAGCGUUGCAAAGAACAGAAACCAAGUUAGUGAUCACAAGGAUAUGACUUUAGAGAAAAGAGACAUGACCACUGAAGUCCAAACAGACUUGACUGUGACCCUACAGGAAGUAGUUAAAAUAAUCGCCCAACAUGGAAAGGCUAUUAAUGAGUUGACAGAGACAGUCCGUGGACUCACCAUGACAAAUGACAGACCCAAAGUUCAACCCAAGUACACGAGUGACGGCCAACCAAUUUGUCUGCGGCGUGAAGGAGUUGGACAUAUGGCUAGACAGUGCCCGGUGACACGGAAACCCUCAUGUCAACGUCCUACUGUGCCCGACUCACCGAUCCAGGGGAAAAGGGAACCCCCCACUCUUGUGAGCCGGACAGUGAGGGGUUGGAGUGAAGGCUCAGGUAGUAUGUUGACGAGAGAACGUUUUAUAGAGAGGGCUGUAGGCAAGUGCCCUGAGGUAGAGAUACAGAUAGGUGGAGUCCCUUUGCGAUGCAUACUUGACUCCGGAAGCAAUGUAAGCACCCUCACAGAAACUUUUUUCAGAAAUCGUCUUAAUGGAACAGAUGAGGAUAUGCACUGUACUGCUAAAUGGCUUAAACUCACCGCAGCAAAUAACUUGCCUCUACCAUAUUUAGGUUAUGUUGAAUUGGAUGUGCAGGCAAUGGGAAUCGUGAUCACUGGGUGUGGAUUCCUAAUAAUCCAGGAUAACACAGAUGAGGCCAGCCAAUCUCUUCAAGGAAUAAUUGGAAUGAACAUUACCAGCCAACAGUUGGCAUUGGCACAGGUUGACACCACUUUGGGAGGGAAAUUGGAUUUUGCCUGGAAAGAGGCUUUCCAGCGGGUGGAAGAAACAGUUGGUAGAGAAGGUUUCAGCUGCUCGUGUCAUAAGAAAAAACAAAGUAAGAGUACAGUCUUUUUCUGUUGCAAUAGUCUACGCAAGGGGCCUAAAGGGGUCGUCCAAUGAUGAAGCUGUGAAAGAUAAUAGCCCCACGCUGCCUGGCUAUUCUAAGGAAGUACUUCUAGGAUUUCAGGCUGCUGAUCCGACUCUAAAGUGGUGCAAGGCUUUUGGAGCCAUCAGCGAAAACCAUCGUAUCAAGAAAGAAUGAGUCUUUCAAAACCAGUGAGCGUCUGCUCAAGCAGUGGCCAUGUAUCAGGGAGAGGUACUCUUGUACCGAGUGAUUAACGAUGCACACCAGGGAGAAUGCUACCAGUUGUUACUACCCGCCUGUCUCAAAGACAAAGUUCUCACAAGUGUCCAUGACCUGAUGGGACAUCAGGGUAUAGAGCGAACAUUAGGUCUGCUGCGGCAAAGGUGUUUCUGGGGAGGCGUGCAUGAAGAAAUUGAGCAGUGGUUCAAGAAGUGCCAAAGGUGGGUUUUGACCAAAAUGCUACAACCAAAGAUUCGGGCCCCUCAAACUAAAUUUUUGGCGACUCGUCCACUUGAGGUCGUUGGAGGACUGACAAAGAGGGUGCAUAGGUCCAACCUCCGUCCGUGUGUCGGACCAGCACCGGUACAGAGAAGUCCUCGCCAGACCUCCUUUUUCCACAGCAACGGCAAAUUUAGGCCAGUAUCAUCCAAUUAAAAUGGCUCCUGCUGCCAACUGCAGCCCUGAACAGGACAUCACCAGUGGAAAAUCGAUGGAUGGAUUAAACAA